CCCCCCCCCCCCUCCCGCCGCCGCCGCCGCCAUGGGCUCCGCCCCCGCCGCCUCCCUCCCGACCUCCGCCGGCGCCGGCGAGAACCUGGUCCUCAUCCUCGACUUCGGCUCGCAGUACACCCACCUCAUCACCCGCCGCGUCCGCCAGCUGGGGGUCCUCUCCCUCUGCGUCUCCGGCACGGCGCCGCUCUCCUCCCUCGCGGGCCUGCGCCCCCGCGCCGUCGUGCUCUCCGGCGGGCCCCACUCGGUCCACGCCGAGGGGGCGCCCUCCUUCCCCGAGGGCUUCCUCGACUUCGCCGCGGGCGCCGGCGCGCACGUCCUCGGCGUCUGCUACGGGAUGCAGCUCCUCGUCCAGACCCUCGGCGGCGCCGUCGAGCCCGGCGUAAGGCAGGAGUACGGCGACAUGGAGGUGGAGGUCACCGCGCCCUCCUCCGCGCUGUACGGGGAGGACGGGAAGCGGCAGUCCGUGUGGAUGAGCCACGGCGACGAGGUCGUCAGGCUGCCCGAGGGGUUUGAGGUUGUGGCGCGCAGCGUGCAGGGCGCAAUCGCCGCCAUCGAGCACCGGGAGAAGCGCUUCUAUGGGCUCCAGUAUCACCCGGAGGUGACACAUUCGCCCCAAGGAAUGGAAACACUGCGCCACUUUCUUUUUGAUGUUUGUGGGAUUAAAGCCGACUGGAAGAUGCAAGAUGUGCUGGAUGAGGAAAUUAAGACCAUCAAGAGUAUGGUUGGGCCUGAUGAACAUGUGAUUUGUGCGUUAUCAGGAGGAGUUGAUUCAACAGUUGCAGCCACUCUUGUUCAUAACGCAAUAGGGGAUAGGCUUCACUGUGUUUUUGUGGACAACGGUCUAUUGAGAUACAAGGAGAAGGAACGUGUUAUGUCAACCUUCAACAGUGACUUGCACCUUCCUGUCACAUGUAUUGAUGCCUCAGAGAAAUUUCUUACCGAGUUAAAAGGAGUCAAAGACCCAGAGAUGAAAAGAAAGAUUAUUGGCAGGGAAUUCAUUGUUGUAUUUGAUGAAUUUGCUCACAUGUUAGAACAGAAGAUAGGAAAAAGACCUGAAUAUUUGGUUCAAGGAACAUUGUACCCUGAUGUGAUUGAAUCAUGCCCACCCCCCGGGAGCGGGAGGACACAUUCCCACACCAUCAAAAGCCAUCACAAUGUAGGUGGUCUUCCUAAAGAUAUGAAGUUGAAGCUCAUUGAACCACUGAAGCUCCUUUUUAAGGAUGAGGUUCGGAAGUUGGGAAGUAUCUUAAAUGUCCCAGAGUCAUUCUUAAAGCGACACCCAUUUCCUGGGCCUGGUCUUGCUGUACGUGUCAUAGGUGAUGUUACAGCAGGCAAUGCUUUGGAGGUUCUUCGUCAGGUGGAUGAGAUAUUUAUUCAAUCCAUUAAAGAUGCAGGCAUCUAUGAUGAAAUUUGGCAAGCUUUUGCUGUGUUUUUGCCUGUCCAAACAGUUGGGGUCCAGGGUGACCAGAGAACUCACUCCCAUGUGGUUGCUUUAAGGGCAAUUACCAGUGAGGAUGGCAUGACUGCAAAUUGGUAUGAUUUUGAACGCCCGUUCCUGGUUGAUGUGGUGAAGAAGAUCUGCAAUAACGUGCGAGGCGUCAACCGUGUUGUCCUGGACGUAACAUCAAAGCCGCCAGCGACGGUGGAGUGGGAAUAGGAUAGUAAUGCUCUGGUGGUGCAAUAAUGGACCGGGAAUUGCAAAAUCAUGCUCUGAUGAUGUAGCAACGCUGCAGUGGGUUUAGUGCUAAAUUUGCAGUUCAGUUAUUUAUGUGUAGGUUAUGCUUAGAAAAAUAUGAAUCGAUUAUGCUUAGACAAAUAUGAAUCUAUUGUGUGCCCUUUA